AUGUCUGCUCCAGUGAAGAAAGCUGCCACGUCAAAGAAGCCAGCCGAACAUCCCAAGUACAGCGAUAUGAUCGCCGCCGCCAUCGACGCACUGAAGGAACGGAACGGAUCAUCAAGGCAAGCAAUCGUUAAGUACAUCGCAGCUAAUUUCAGUGUUGGGGACUCCGCUGAUGUCCAUGUCAAGCUUGCCCUGAAAAGGGGCGUCGUAGCCGAACAGCUCGUCCAAGUAAAAGGCACCGGAGCCAGUGGAAGCUUCAAGUUGGCCAAGAAGCCGGAGGCGUCCAAGAAAACAGUUGCUAAGAAACCAGCCGCGAAGCCUGCCGCCAAGAAGCCAGUGAAGAAAACUCCCACCAAAGCCACGAAAAAGCCUGCUGCGAAGAAGGCGGCAACAAAGAAACCAGCUGCCAAGAAACCAGUUGCCAAGAAACCUGCCGCCAAGAAGACGCCGACCAAGAAACCGACUGCCAAGAAACCAGCUGCCAAGAAAGUCGCGAAGAAGUAGGAAGAUUUAG